ACUGACCCCGCCCGCCAUCCCGGCGUGCUCCGCGCCGCCGCGCCACUUCCGCUUCCGGUGGUGGAGGAGACGUGUCGGAGCGGAGCGGCGCCGGCACCGGGCGGCAUGGAGCUGGAGGCGAUGAGCAGAUACACCAGCCCGGUGAACCCGGCUGUCUUCCCUCACCUCACCGUGGUGCUGCUGGCCAUCGGCAUGUUCUUCACCGCCUGGUUCUUCGUCUACGAGGUGACUUCGACCAAGUACACAAGAGACAUCUACAAGGAGCUGUUGAUCUCGUUGGUGGCCUCACUCUUUAUGGGCUUUGGUGUCCUCUUCCUGCUGCUGUGGGUCGGUAUCUACGUCUGAAGCCUUGGGUGGAGGAGGAGGAGGAGCAGCACCAGUGCCACCUCCUGAGUCCCGAUGGCUGGAAGCUCCUGGAGCUCUUCACACUGCACAUGUGUCUGGGCUGGCGGGGGGUGUCCUGUGGCUUCAGUAGCCUCAGAGCUUUGCUCUGGGGAAUGCUCUCACUGAGCCCCUCCAUCUCUAGCCCACUUCUAGAUGGGAAGCUCCUCAGAAGCUCUUUUUGUAUGUCUUUUAUACUUCAACCACAAAGCCCUUGCCAGGGGUGGGCUGUGCUCUGUUGGCUGACUUCUGCCACCCCCAGACCUCAAUAAAAGUGGCUCUGUCACCCA